AUGUCCCGGGUUCUGAACGGUAUCGUGGCAGUGUGUCCGGACCUGGGCAUCGGGAUGAACGGAAACCUGCCCUGGCACCCGGUUCGACUCGCAAACGAGUUCGCCCACUUUCGGAAGAUGACAGCGACCUCGUCCGCUGAAGGAAAGCAGAACGUGGUGAUCAUGGGCAGGAAGACCUGGUUCUCCAUCCCAGAGAGGAACAGACCGCUCAGCAACAGGAUCAACAUCGUUCUCAGCCGGGAGUGCAAGACCCCCCCUGCAGGAGCCCACCACCUGGCGUCGGACUUCAGCUCCGCCCUCCGGCUGGUGGACACACAGCUGGCUGAGACCGCCGACCAGGUCUGGAUCAUCGGGGGCAGCUCCCUCUACAAGGAGUUAAUGGAGACGCCCGGGACCAUCAGGCUGUUCGUGACCCGGAUCCUGAAGCGGUUUGAGAGCGACACCUUCCUGCCCGAGAUCAGUCCCGACAAAUACCGCCUGCUGCCAGAGUUUCCGGGAGUGCCGUCCGGCCUUCAGGAGGAGAAUGGCAUCCAGUACAGAUUCGAGGUCUAUGAGAGCAUCCAGCCGUGA